CCUGUGGAGUUUUACGCGCCGGUUCUUUUUCGUUAAUUUGACCUUUAGAUCCAAAUCAUUAUUUUUGUGUGGCAGCCAUAGCAUUAAAAAAAAACCGAAUCCAAGUAUGGAUACCAGCUGUACAGCAGAGGAUUUAGCGGAUGAGCGCGUUAUAAAGGAGAUAAACGCAAACAACGAAAAUGCGCAAAAUGGACGCAGUUGUUCAGACCAGGAACAAAGAUCGAGUUUUUACUCAAAUGCUAAAAAUUAUUGGGAAACGGUGUCGCCUACGAUUGACGGCAUGUUAGGCGGUUUUGCUAGAAUCUCACCAACAGAUAUCAACGGAUCAAAGGCCUUUCUAAGGCCUUUUGUUAUGGGCGACAAAGCCACAACAGGCAGAAAGCGAGCAUUGGAUUGUGGAGCUGGAAUUGGCCGUAUCACAAAACGUCUGCUGCUCACGAUGUUUGAGACGGUUGAUAUGGUUGAGCAAAAUCAGAUCUUCCUUGACCAAGCUGAAAAGUUCCUGGGUGCAGAAAGGAAUCGAGUGGAGAGGUGUAUUUGUUCUGGACUACAGGAAUUCACACCAGAGGAAGGUCGCUAUGAUGUGAUCUGGUGUCAGUGGGUUCUUGGUCAUCUGACAGACUCAGAUCUUGUUGACUUUUUUCACCGAUGUCGGAAAGGACUUAGCACAAAUGGCAUUAUGUGCCUGAAGGAAAACGUUAAAGAUGGCUCUGAAAGAGACUUCGACGAACAGGACAGCAGUUGGACUCGACUUCGUGAGGAAUUGGAAAAGCUAAUCGAAGAAUCUGGAUUCAGGAUACUGAAGAAACAGAAGCAACGUGGGUUUCCUAAACCUUUAUACGAUGUAUAUAUGUAUGCCUUGCAGUAAUGUUGAGCAAGAAAAAUGAAAUAAGCAUAUUUGAGGGGUGAAAUAUUUGUGGAAGUGUAAUGUAUGUUUGUUAGUAAUUAUUUUACGCACAUUGUCUUUUGGGGAAAAUCCUUGACACUGCUGUCUGAAGUUAUCUUGUAUUUCUCUUUAACAUGACCGUUUACUUAUUUAUUCUCCAUGCAAAUCAUGUGUAUACAUGCAGGUGCAAUUUGAUUAGAAAACUGCGACGUGUUAAUGUGAUUGUAUUAGAAGAAUGUACCACAUUAAGUCUACUUAAAUGAAGUUGAACUAAUUAUUGAUACAAGCUGUUAUUAUUGUUGUCACAAGAUUGUAUGUCUGGUUUCCUCUUCUAUUUCACUAGAUAUUUAAUAGAUCUGCCCAGUUUCACGAAGAAGUCGUACAUGUACGAUAAUCGCACAUAUAGGACAAAUCAUUGCUAUGGUAAUGGUGAUGUACAAAGCAUCGUACAACAGAUAUAUGAUGUAAAAAUGUUGUACGGUACUUUGUGAAACUUUGUGAAAUCUGCUGUCAUGUGUAUGUGAAAUAUGACUAGGAAUUCAGGAAAGGACUUGACCUUUUGACUAUUACCAAGAUGGACAUUUUGCCCGAGUCCCAAAGUUGACCUUAGAAAGGUAUUUUGAGAUUUCUUUGGAAUAUAGACUCGUAUCCUACCAUGCCUGCUGGAAAAGCAUAAAAUUUAGCUGCAAAAGUAAUAUUUUAUGGCAUUUAAUUGCCUCCAAAAAUGCAAUUUUUUGGGGGGAAUUUGAGGUUAUUUACCUUAAAGCCAGAUGAGUUUUCACCAUUCAACAUUGAAAGCUGUUGUUUACCCCUCUCUAUCACA